AUGAGGGCUGCAAGAGAACUGAGGUCGCAGCGGGAGGCUGGUGAAGUUCUGAGAUUUUGGGGGGUUGGCAUCAGAGUCAGGAGAGGUCCUGACUGGAGCUGGGGUGACCAGGACGGAGGAGGUACAGGCAUUAUAGUGGAGGGUGCUGAAGAAGACGGUUGGGUGCGCGUAAAGUGGGAUGCUGGCGGGGAGGACAACUAUCGGAUUGGUGCCGGUGGAGACUAUGAUUUGACCAUCGCAGAAUCGCACCGCGACAUCAGGGUGGGGGACGAAGUGAGGUUCACACAACCCAACGAAGUAGUUGACUUUGCAGAUUGCCCCGGUAGCACCCUGCUCUUCAAUGCAGGUUGGACGGUCACUGUUCGUGAAAUCGAUGGGGGUUGGUUCACUUCAACCAGGUGGCCAGCGCAAUGGGCACCUGUGAGGGUAGUCCAGCUGGUCCACAGCACUGAAGCGGCUGAAGCAGCCCCUGACGUGAUCGCUGGCUCAUCAGCUUUGCCUGCUGGAGAAGUUCUGAGGUCUGCCCAGCUAGGUGUCAGAGUGAGGAGAGGACCUGAUUGGGAUUGGGAUGACCAGGACGGAGGAGGCCCAGGCACCACGGUUGAAGGUUGUGACCAUGAUGGCUGGGUCAGUGUAAGGUGGGAUGCCGGUGGCGAGUACAACUACCGAGUGGGUGAGAGGGGGCUCCAUGACCUCGUCGUUGACUCUUCCACAGCGCAGUCUGCUGCACCUUCAGUGCAACCUGGAGAAGUUCUGAGGCUUGCCGUGGCGGGUAUCAGAGUGAGGAGAGGGCCUGAUUGGGAUUGGGGCGGCCAGGAUGGAGGCGAAGGAGGCCUUGGAACCACCACAGACAACCCCGCGCUCAUUGGUGUGCAGGUGCGAUGGGAUCACGACGGCUCAACAAACAGCUAUCGUGUUGGCAGAGAUGGCAAUUACGAUUUGAUCGUUGCAGACGUGGAUGGAGUCCCAGGGGCGGAUUCAAGGGCAGCAGCUGGAGCCUCAUCUCAAAGCACUGCUCCGGCAGAGCCAGAAGGAGGCCACGAUGAGCAGUGGUUGGACAUGGAGGAAGCUACUAGCAUGCAGUGCCCCAUAUGUUUCUGUGUUCCGCGGGAUGCGUUGGCCCACGAGUGUGGGAACCUCUUCUGUGAGAUUUGUUGGACUAGAUGGAUUGCACAGAACAGCAAGUGCCCAGUGUGUCGUGAGGAUGGGAGCAGCAUUGUCAAGGCUUUCCGUGAUCAGCGCAAGAUAUUGAACCUCAUGAUCAGAUGCCCCUUAGGUUGUGAGGAGACUUUUCGGCUGGGGGACAAGGAGGCACAUGUGUCCCAAUGUCCCAAGCGCAAGGAACGAUGCAGCUUAUGUGGUGAGGAGGUUCUGGCCGAGAUGAUCUCUGUUCACAAGAAGGAAGAGUGCAAAGCCCGUCCAAUGCCCUGUGAACUUUGUGGAGAGAAAGUCAAGAUGGAUGAGCUUGAAGCCCACAUGGCGGCCAACGUAGGAUCGCACAUUCUCGCCCUCCUCAAGGAGAACAAAUCCUUGAAAAAGGAGAAUGAGUCGUUGAAGAUGGACAACGGCGCCUUGAAGCUGCGGGUCGAUGAACUCGAGAAGCGGAUGAUUGGAAGCUCCAAAGGAGACCAACAGUCCGAAGAGUGA